AAGAAGCUGUGUUUUGUUUCUGGCGGAAACAGAAGCGGAAGUCCCGUUAUUACCACUAGUAUUAUCAGCAGUUAGUUUUAUUAAACUUUAACCCAGAACAUAGACAGAUAUAUCUAUAUAUUUAUAUAUCUAUCUAUAUGAGCCCAGGAGAGGAACGAUAACAGUUCUCUGAUCUCCGAGAGGUAUGUACUACUAUCGCUAUGACAACGCUGAGGUCAGCUGCUGCUAUAAAUACCUCAUGUUCAGCUACAACAUCAUCUUCUGGCUGGCGGGAGUGGCCUUCAUCGCCGUUGGUUUCUGGGCUUGGAGUGAAAAGGGAGUCCUCUUGGAUCUGACCCAGGUGACCCGGCUGCAUGGAUUUGACCCGGUCUGGUUGGUUCUGGUGGUGGGCGGAGUCACCUUCAUUCUGGGCUUCGCUGGCUGCGUGGGCGCUCUCAGAGAAAACAUCUGUCUGCUAAAGUUUUUUUCGGGCGUGAUCGGCUUCAUCUUCAUCCUUGAGCUGACGAUGGCGGUGCUGGCCGUGGUGUUUCAGAGUCAGGUCAGAGAAUGGAUCAACGACUUCUUCCUGGCGAACGUCAGAGGCUACCGAGACGACAUCGACCUGCAGAACCUCAUCGACUCUCUGCAGAGGAUGAACCACUGCUGCGGCGCCCAGGAACCAGACGACUGGGACCAGAACGUUUAUUUCAGCUGUAACGGGACUCAUCGCAGCAGAGAGAAGUGUGGCGUUCCCUUCUCCUGCUGCAUCACGGACCCCGCGGAUUCACCAGGAGUGGUGAACACUCAGUGUGGCUACGACGUCAGAAACAGUCCCAAGAGUCAGUGGAACAGUCAUAUCUUCACUAAAGGCUGCAUUGCUGCGUUGGAGGACUGGUUACCUGGAAACCUCUACACCGUGGCCAUCGUCUUCAUCGUCAUCUCUCUGCUGCAGAUGGUGGGGAUCUACCUGGCCCGGACUCUGAUCUCUGACAUCGAGAAGUCGAAAUUCCCCUACUGAGACCACGUGAUGGGGGUGGAGCCUAACUCUGCAGGGGUGGAGCCUGACCCUGCAGGGGCAGAGCCUAACCCUGCAGGGGUGGAGCCUGACCCUGCAGGGGCGGAGCCUAACCAUGCAGAUAUUAUUGGACCAAGUAUCUUCAGUCAGACGUGCCUUCUUCUUCUUCUCCUCUUCCUGUCAUCAGUUCGCUGCUCUCCUGAUGACGCUGUUGCCAUGGUGACUGAGAACCUUGUCUCCUUGACAACGUGUUAUAUUGUGUUUCUGCACCAGACUGCCUUCACUUCUGUUAAAGAACAAGCUGUUUAAUGCUCAGUGCCUCAAAUCUUCAUCAUCAUCAUCAUCAUCUUCACCAUCAUCAUUACCACCAUCAUCUUCAUCAUGUCAUCAUUAAUGAAUCAAUCGUUGUUUAAACUGUGUUGUGAUGUGUUGCGCUCUCAUUGGCUGAGAGGCUGUCUAUCAGCCGAUCCGAACCAGAAACCAGAUUUAUCUCCAAUUAUUCCGAUUUAUUAUUAUGUCUCUUUAUCUGUAUUGAGAUGUUUGAGUUUAGGCAUCCAGCCCAUUGGUCAGGGCAUGUAAGCCCGCCCACACACCUGCCUGACCAAUCAGGAGUUAGCUGGCCAGUUAAAAUUUACCAAAACGUAGAAAGUGGGCGGGAGUUACAGAUGUUUGAUUGAAUAUGAAGACUUUAUCGACACUGGAUUCCUGUUAACGAGCUUUGAAUGAAUAAAGGUUUUUGUUGAAA